AUCUCGACGAUGUGUUAAGCCUCGAUAUAAAUACGGGAAGACAUCUUCAUGCCAUCAUCAGUUGAACACAAGUGGUCGAAACGAACACAUCGAAAAUGUCCCUUUCUUACGUCACCAUCUUCGCAGCUGUCGUAGCUGUAGCCUGUGCAGCUCCUCAGUUCGCUUCGCCCGCCGCUGCCAAAUCGGUCGAGCCCGAGCCAUUCGACGAUCAUCCUCAGUACAAAUUCGAAUACUCAGUGAGCGACUCUCUUACCGGAGACUCCAAGAGCCAAACUGAAGAAAGGGAUGGCGACGUAGUUAAAGGAAGCUACACUUUGGUCGAACCCGAUGGCUCCAGGAGGGUAGUCGAAUACACCGCCGACCCCGUCAACGGUUUCAACGCCGUCGUCCAUAAGGACGCCGCCACUGGUGUGGUCGCUAAAGCUGCCCCAGUUGCCCGCGUUGUGACUCCUGUCACUGUUGCUCACGCUCCAGUCGCCGUCGCUCACGCCCCAGUCGCCGUUGCUCACGCACCAGUUGCCGUAGCUCACGCACCAGUCGCCGUAGCUCACGCACCAGUCACCGUAGCACACGCUCCAGUCGCUGUCGCUCACUCCCCAGUUGCCGUCUCGUACAGCCCUGCUGGUUCUUCAUCAACUGCAUCUUUCUCCGGACCUUACGCCACCUACAGCUUUUAAGUCUACACUUUUCAACAAUUACAAAACACAUGGCUUGUACAUAAAACUCGACUGUGAAUAAAUAUUCUCGUCAUAACCA